CACUGAUUGAUCUUUACUACGCUGAUGAUGCUGUACAAAUGUACAUUCUUUAUCACGUGUACAUCAGCCGAUGCACUGAGCACUGUUUAAGGUCCGACAUAUUCAAAUGAAUAAACAAGGCUACGACCAAAGGAGCAGUCAUUAGGAGAUAGAUGUCUACGACUACCAACUGAUUAACUGGAAACUGUUAGCACUGUAUGUCUUGAGGUGACCACACCAUGCUCAUCAGGAAGAUCAGAAUGAAACUCAUCACUGUCCGGUUCUGCAUGUUCUUUAUCGCUCUGAUAAUCGUAGCUAAACUAUUCCAACGAAUGACACCGAACAACCAGCAUGAUAGGUGGUUUAAAAAGACAGCUUAUACAUCAAAUAACUGGCUUAUGGACCAAAUACAGAACCGUCACGUUGGCCUGACAAGAGCAAGUAUCGAACAUCAAGACGUCAAGAUUGUGUUUAAGGAAGGUGUGGUCGGAGCGUAUGAGAAAAUCGCCAAAAAAAGUAUCAUUAAAUCCGGAAAAGUCGGGCAUGGUGAAAACGGUAAAGCAGUGCAGGUUGCUAGAGAUGAUGCACAGUUCAAGAGAGAUGGGCUGAAUAUCUACGCCAGUGACGUCAUUUCCUUAGAUCGGGCAAUACCGGAUGGCCGACCUGAAGAAUGUCAAUACUGGCACUACCCAAGCAAAGCGGAGCUUUCGACAGCAAGCAUUGUCAUUACCACUCCCAACUAUCUACUGUCGCCGCUACUGCGAACCAUCCACAGCGUAUUUCGAAGAGGACCACUGGAUUUGGUGAACGAAGUCAUACUGAUAAAUCAUGGUAUUGACAAAAGUACUGGUACUGGAAUGAAAUCAGAGAUAGAAACCCACAUCGCAACACAUUCACCAGAAGUAGCCAAGAAAGUAAAAUACUUCAAAACAAAGGGCAAAUUGGACAUUGUCUCUGCAAGGAACAUCGGAGCAGGGGAAAGUAGUGGUGACGUCAUUGUGUUUUUGGAAGCGGGCUCUGAAUGUGGCAUUAACUGGUUAUCACCACUGUUAGCGCGGAUUGCGGAGAAUAGUCAAACACUGGCUGUCCCAAGGUUAGACAAGAUCAACCCAUCACUAUUCAGCAUCAAACCAUUCAAAGAGCUUAAAGACAUUCACUUUGGCAUCUUCGACUGGGGGCUCAAAUUCACGGAGAACCUUGUCCCGCCCAAGAUUCAAAAGAAGAGAAACAGGACUAGCGCCCCCUAUUGGUCACCUGCCUUUAAUGAAGGCGUGUUUGCAAUUGGACGGGAAUACUUUCUUCGCCUCGGUGGAUAUGGUCCUGCACUUGAAGGGCCGAUGGGAGCCGAUCUAGAGAUGUCCUUUAAGGUAUGGCAAUGCGGAGGACGGGUGGAGUUCGUACCUUGUUCCCAUAUCGCGGUCUUAGAUAAGAAGCAAACGACUGACUUCGACUCAUCCAACUCCUCAACAGUUCAUGUCAACCUAAAGCUUAUCGCAAUGACCUGGAUGGAUAAUAUCAAAGCGAAUGUCUACAGAACAUAUCCAAUGCUGCAACAUAUUACAAUAGGAGAUAACUCACAGAUGAUGACAACAAGAAAACGUUUGAAAUGCAAAAGCUUCGAUUGGUAUAUGAGGGAAGUGGCGUACGAGGUAGUCGACCGUUUCCCCUACCUAUCAGAAACCCUGGCCUGGGGAGAGUUGACUCACAAGGGAAACCAAGCAAAGUGUCUGGAUCAAGUUGAUGUGGCGAAGGGAAAGCUGAGGCUGACUCCGUGUCGUAACAACGGCGGGACUCAGUUAUUCAUACUGAACUCGGAUGGUCAGCUUCUGCAGGACGGCAAAUGCGUGAACGGGGCAAGUGCUGGCGUCUUAUACACAAACCAAUGUGGGGAGCCCGAUCUCACUGGAGAGUGGCAGUACUACGAGAACGAAUUCCAACUCUUUCACUUUCAUAGCGAGCUUUGUGCCCGGAUGGUGGGCACAAGCAACGUGGGACUGAGAGUAUGCCAGAAGAAUGUUCCAGAGAUGCAGUGGGUAUUCAGACCAGUGUUUCCAAGGAAAUAGGACAAACACAUCAACAAGAAAAUUUGAAACUCAUGAUUUUGAUCCUGGUUUAUCUGUUACAAGAAUUUCAUAUUAAAAUUACA